AUGGCACCAAAAUAUUCAUCGCGGUUUCGAUACACUAUCGAGCGACCAUAUCCUUUUCGCUGGUUCACACCACUCAUCACAGUGACCGGCAUAGCCGCAACUGUGCUAUUCACAUUUGUCAAUAUCGCCACCGACGGUUACGUGCAAAGUGUGAUUUACACAACGAAUCCAAAUUCGACACUGGAAGAGCAUCACUGGUAUCUCAACGCACCAUGGUCCUGGAUCAGCACCGCUCGUUCUUCAUGCCAGUCUCCCGGGAUUGCCAUAGGCAACUCAUACUAUACCUCGAAUCAACAGACUGGCAGCUACACUGUGACCAUGAUGAACACCACUUUGGGCCCCGAUGACGAUGCCGUUUACCCAGGACUCCAGUCCAAGACUCUCGGCACCACAAGCUACCUGAAUAACACCCUGCAUGACUGCCAGAUGGGGGAUUUGAUGGUGAUAUUCACGUCGCAGCAGCCAGCUAGCUCUGCCAAACUACAAAUCCAGACUGGACCAAUUUACUGCAAAUUUGACGCCGAAAUUCCUGUCAAUAUCACCGUCGAGCAGUCAUUCAGUGGGACAGAGUUUCUCUUUGAGCAACGUUCCAGUUUGAGCCAAUGGACUGUGUACGAUUUCAUGCAGUCAAGCUUUGACGCACUCAUGAACGAAAUCCAUGGACUAAACGACACCAUCGAGUAUACUGGAACCACUUUAGGUCUAAGGGCGGCAGACUCCGGAGACAUUGCCGCAGACGACUUCUUCUCCACAACGAUAAUCAGUCCGGGACAGAGCGCAAGCCUCGUCUCACUAUCGAACAGCAGCCAGAGUGACGAGCCAUUCCCGUUGGCUCAGGGCGGCCCCGGAAGUGUAGCCAGGCUCCUCGACGCAUUUGCGAAAUCGUACUAUUCCGUGGUCAUGUGGGACCUGAACUUCGACAGACAGACCAACGCGUUCGCCUCUAAAGAUUCAAUGGAUUACCUCGUGAACGCUAUCAACAGCGCGACUGGCAAUGACACAGUGACUUCGAGCCCCAUCCUCGGCGCGCCGGGCCUGGUCGGCAACCAUGCACGAUUCGAGAUGCAAUAUAUCUGCUCGGUCCCGCAAAAGAAGGACACAGGCUCCCUGAUUAUAUCAGUUGUUGUGGCCAAUAUCGUACUGCUCUGCGUCUUCUGGAACAUCUUCAACUGGGCGGCGCUGAAAUACCUCCGAAGCCGCGAUCCAAGCUGGGACUUCUGCCGCGGGUGCAUCCUCCACAGCGAAUCUUCUCGGACUAGGAGCAGGGUCAUGGUUAUGGACCUAGAGAAGGACCCCCUCUGCGAGGAUGAUGAAGUCGCACAAGACAUCAUGCCAUAUGGCAGCCAACGAGGUCAACGGCGGGAUAGGCAACUUUGGAAGAAGCCAAGGGCGUGGUCAGAGUCGAUCGGCGUCAAGAGCUCCCAAAGCUCGCUGCGAACUUUUAUAUGCAGCGAGGAAGGACAUGUGCGUGGCAAGAGCGAUGACGCCUCGUACUCGUCGGAGAAGGCCCAAAAGAUUCUGGGGAAUUGA